CGGUGCUCGUACCGGUACUGCUACUAUCAAAAGUGGUGCUUGGUGCUAGGUAUUGCCUGAUGCCACGACCCGUCCACCCACCCAGGCCCAGAAGAAAUGUCCGCCAAAACGUCCCCAUCUAGCUCCCGCGAUGCCAGCGUUGGUGUUGCCGCAACCGUGGCCGGACCCGUGCAGAUCAAAAAGGAGCUCCCCAGCGAUGAGAUCAAGGAAUUCGCCCACAGCACCAUGAAUGAGCUGCUCGGCUGGUAUGGCUUCGAUGGCGUCGAUGUGGAUCGCCUGGACCUAACCGCCAAGACAUCGCGUCUGCUGCAAAGUGCCGCCGCAGCGGCUGCGGUGGUCAGUCAACAGCACCACCUGCAUCAGCAUCAGCAUCAGCACCAGCAGCAGGACCAGGAACAUCAGCAGCAGCAGCAGCAGCAUCAGCACAUGCUGGAGAGGAGGCGCAAUGGUUCACUCCGGAGCAGUCGCAACUCCCUGGCAGCCGCGUAUCAUAGCAACAACAACACGAACAACAAUACCGCUAGCAAUGGGAAUGGGAAUUGCGGUCGGAAGGGCGGAAUGCUAAAUUGCAACAGAACGGCGACGACUCCCUCGGAUCACGAUACGCGCAGCUCACGGGAGGAUGACUCCAAGAGUCCAAACUCAAUCGGCAAGCCGGUCACGACAGCGGGCAUGGGUAUGCCGCCCACGGAGGAGAAAAUAGACUUCAACAACUGCUGCUGGUGCCAUCGACCGAUUGCCGAGAAUGCGCCGGACUAUCUGACCAGCAGCGAUGGACCGCGCUACUGCUCAGAGUCCUGCUUCACGCAGAGCCGGAGGGCGUGCUUCAAGAAGGCCAAGACCUGCGACUGGUGCAAGCACGUCCGCCAUGCCGUCAGCUAUGUGGACUUCCAGGAUGGGGCCUCGCAGCUGCAGUUCUGCUCGGAGAAGUGCCUCAACCAGUACAAGAUGCAGAUCUUCUGCAACGAGACCCAGGCCCAUCUGGACAUGAAUCCGCAUCUGCGGGACCAGGGCAUGGAGGCGGGCAGCGAAGCGGGUCUCAUUACGCCGGAUCUCUGGCUGCGCAACUGCCGCAGUCGCUCGGCCUCGCCAGCCUCCACGGUAUCGGUGUCGCCAGGACCACCAGCCGAGAGGACGGCGGCCACACCCAAGCGGAUCUCGCCCAGCGUCACUCCGCCCAGCAAUCCGAGCAAACCCUUGAUCUCAGUGGCGCCCGUGUCCAAGCUGCUGGCCCAGAAGAGUCCCGCUCCAGCUGCCGCCGUCCCACCACCACCGCCACCACCGCUGCAGCGGCACCACAACUCCUUGGGAUCAGGUCCGGCACUAAAGCCUGGUCGUCGCAAGCGUCCAUUUCGCGGUCCAGCCUCCUCCUCCGGCUCGGAGACGGUGGCCAGUAUGCUCCAAAAGCAGCAUCAACAGCAGCAGCAGCAGCAGCAGCAACAGCCGCCGACGCUCAGCGCAGACUUUUCCGGUUCCAGCGUGCCGCUGCCACCCUUAUCCCCCAUGCCGGAACCGACGCACACCCGCCCCCACCCACAACAGCAGCCAGCUCCGCCCGUGGUGCCACAACAGGUGCUGGGCAGGGGCCCAACUGCCAUACCUCCGAGCUACUUUGCCACACCGCCCAAUGGGCAUCCGAUGGGGCUUCCAUUUGGAAGGCAUCCCGCGCCGCCGCCACAUCACUUCCUGCCGCCGCCGCACGGAAUGAUGCCUCGGGGAUUUCCGCCGCCCUUUGGGCUGCCGAUGCCACCGACACAGGUGCCAGAGCAUCUUGGUGCUUUCGGGGCAAUGAUGGGGGCGGUUCCGCCGGUGACCGUGAUGGUGCCAUAUCCAAUAAUCAUACCGCUGCCCAUACCCAUUCCCGUGCCGCUGCCCAUCAUGGACUUCUACAAGGCGCAUCUGACGCCCGAGCAGCGGAAGCGGUUCGACGAGGAGCGGGCCACGACGAGUCGCAAGGAGGAGCAGCCUCAGCCACUGGACUGCAGCAAGUCCAGGGGUGAUCAGGAUGAUGGCAACGCUCCAGAAGAGGAGCACAAACAUCCACCCGAGCUCAAGGAGGAGCAGCUGGAGGUGGAGGACGUGACGGAGAAGGAGAAAGAUGAAGAUGUUCAUGUUGAUGAUGAUGAUGAUGAUGAUGACGAUGACGAUGAUGAUGAUGAGGGCAAGAAAUCCAUACCAAAGACAACCUGUGCCGGGAACGCUUCUCCAGCCUCUGCCUCAGCCUCAGCUUCAGCUUCGCCGUCGUCUUCGUCGCCAGCCACAGAUGCGAACUCGCUUGAGACACACUGCAUAGUGCGGGACGAAUCUCAUUCGGAGAGCAACCAGGACAGCCAGAAGCUGCCCAAGCUGAAAAUCACACGACUGCAAACCAAACGGACCCUUAUCCAAACCAAAGAGCCAACCGCGUCCACAUCUUCUCCAGCUCCAGCGCCAUCGCCAUCUGCAGCGACACCUUCGGGCAGCACCGCUUCCUCCGAAUGCAGUCGACCGCUGCGCAAGCGCAAGCGGAUCAUUGACUGUGACUUCCAGAAGAUGGCACUGCGGGAGCUGGAGCCGGGCGACGGCCACAACCAACAGGACAGUAGUCCCACCAAGGACGAGGACGGAGACAGAGAGUGCAAUAUAACCAACAGCAACAGCAAUAACCAUGGCAAUGGCAGUGCUAAAGCUAAAAAGCAAAUGUAGUAGACUUAAUACUUUUAGUAAACCUUACAAAAUAUUAGUAUGUAUCUAUCCAUGAAUGGCGUGCGUGUGUAUGUGUAAACUGGACUUGAAUAUACCAUGUACGAGUAUGUCUGCGAAAGCGCAGUAUAUUGUAGAGAGCGGCUGGCGGAGGGCACAAAGUGCUCGCAGAAUCAGAACGGAAUUUAAAUAAAUAAUAAAAAUUUAAAUUAUUAA